AUGGAAAUUCGUAAAAGUAUUGAAGCUAAUUUUCUCACCUGCAAACAUUGUCAUCAACCAUAUAAACAACCUAAAGCCUUAGUGUGUUUACAUUCAUUUUGCCAGUCAUGUCUAGAAGAUAUUAUUUCAAAGCGUAAAGCAGAUGAAGAAGCUAAAGAGAUUGAAGCUUUGAAAUUGUUGUAUAAAACAUCAAAUUCUAGUGAUUAUACAUCUGGUUAUCGUCGUAAAUGGUCAUCACGUUUUCGUUAUGGUGAUUACUCGUCAUCAUCAGCCUAUGGAUCUUCAAGGUAUACUCGACAAGCUCCAACAAAAGAUGAUGUAAUCACAUGUCCAAUAUGUCAAAAGGAUACUAUUGUACCAAGUGGGGGAGUGACAAGUCUACCAGCGGAUCAAUUAGCUGACAAACUUGCCUCUAUGGUAGAUCGUAUGCCUAAUUUUCCUGUUUGUGAUGUUUGUACUAAAGAACCUUUGUUGACGAAUACACAUUUAAAUGGCAUUAAAUCUCCACAGUCUAGUAUGCAAACUAGAUUUAAACAAUCAAGGUAUACAGACUUUAAUAGAUAUGCUAACAGUGAUGAUACACUAAGUGAAGAUGACAGUGCAGAAGAUGAAGGAGUUUCUCUUGAUAAAUUAAGUAUGCAAGACAGUGUAGACAAUUCAGAAGCAUUCAGUCCUCAGUCAACACGUGAAUCUAAUAACCGACAUAAGGAGAGAGAUCAAAAUCACUUACGAAAAUCGUUAACCACAGGUCGAAGAUGUAAUGAUUCAAUUGGUCCGAGACCAGCAAGUGCGGCGUGUUUAGAAUGCGGUAAAAGAUUGUGUGAUUACUGUCAAGAAGCUCAUUCUAGAAUGCCAGUCACCUCCAACCAUGUACUAAUUCAAGUAGAACAAAUGGAACAACUUCGGUGUGAUAGACAUCCUCGUGAGUUGAGACGAUUUUUUUGUUUAACUUGUCGGGCUUAUAUCUGUAUUAUAUGUGCUUUUGAAACACCUACUGACAAUAUGCUGUCAAAAAAAGAUAAUUUAAUUUACUCUGGUCAUGCAGAUCAUGAUAUAUUAUCAAUGAGACAGGCCGUUUCUGCUUAUCAAGAUCAGUUAAGUUUGAAAAGUGCUGAGACACAAUCUCAUAUGAGUCAAAUUGAACUCUUUUUAACUGGUUUACAGAUCUGUGAAAAUGAAAUGCGUCAGUUACGCACAACAAUUGAAGAUACCGCGAUGGCUUAUAUUGAUCGUAUUCAUUUACAAAGAGCAAAAUUAUGCGAACAGGUGGAUAAAAUGGUCGGUAUUGAAUUAGAUCAAAUAACUACUGAGUGUAAUCGAUUAACAACUGCUACAGCAGCAUGGUAUAAUUUUAUUAACGAUGAUUGUGUCACUAGUCGUUUAGACCUUAUGGAUCCUAUUGAAGCGUUAAGUGAAGCAGGACCAAUAAUGGAUCGAUUGAACAGGUGUUUACAAUUAGCUUCCAGUUCAAUGUUAACUACUCCUGAAUGGCAGUUGUUUUUGUCUCAGUUAGCAGUAGCAGAAAAAACUAUCCAAAAUACAAAUUAUGAUUCGCAUAAGUUUGAGAAAACAAAUGGUGAUGUUACUGACAAUGAUGACGAUAAUAAAAGUUGUGACAGUAAUUACGAAAAAGAAGAGUUAACAGAAGAUCCACGUAUAACAUUCUGGCGUUCUAGAAUUGGUAGUUUUCAAUCAGGCGAGGUGAAUCUAGGCAGAAUAGUCACUCCAAGUCAGCUAGCUGCAGAAGCAAAAGUUAAAGCUGCUCAGUUCAUCAGUACUCAUGUACAAACUGGUCCAGAAUUAAUCAAAACACUACCACCACCAAAAGGAGCACUUCUUCAUCGUGCUAUACAAGUUGACUUUCUAAAUGCUAAUUUAGACGAUAGAGGUACACAAACAGAAGCACCAUCCACAAAAAAUAUAUUUCAUCUUAAAGUCGAUGCUGGUACACAAUAUUUAAGUUCAGAUGUAAAUCCGCCUGUGAGUAUUUAUCGUUCAAUUAAACAAAUUCUAGUUCAAAAAUGA